AGUGCCACUGCAACAGAUGCGGUCACGAACGGGGAAAGAGCUGCGGAGCAGAAGCAGAAGGGCGAGCAAACUGGAGCAGCGCCAGAAGCAGUGAGCACCGAACAUGAGGGCGAUACUAUGCACGGCGUCAGUGACCCCAAGGAUCUGUCAAGUGAAAAUGCAAGCGAGGCUGUUGAGUCGGACAAACAUGAUAGCGUUGCUGCAUCGGCAGGUUCUUCACCACCACCAGUAAGUUUUUUCACAGUAAUUCUUCGAAAGGGAAGCAGUGGAGGAGUAGUAAGGACGAACCAUCAGGAAGCCGUCGUAUGUCUGCUGUUCCCGGGAGGCGAAAACAGCGGCAUCUCGUUGCAGAGCAGUGCUGCACCAGAUGAGAUGCACAUGGACACAGAUGCGAAGGAAGAUUCGGAGCAUGAUGAUAACAAAGCUACUGAUAAAGCAGUGAAAGAUUCCGAAGAAGUUAAGGCAGAUGCGUCGAAGGAUGAUGUGGAUGAGAAGAUGGACACGGAUGAAGACAAGGCUGCUGAAAAGAAGGAGGAAGACACUGACACUUCUGAUAAAGCUGAGGAUAAACCAGUCGAUACUGCGGCUGAUAAGGAAGAAGAAGCUGCUGAGCCGCCAGCGCCAGAGUCGUUGUCUUCUGGACGUCCUCGUCGUUCUACUCGUUCUAACGUCGAUUAUGCGCAUCCAGAUGUGGCUACUGUGGUAGCUGAACAGGAGGACUUGGAAAAUGAACUUCAACAGAAAGUGACUCGAAGCCGUGGUAAGGGACGUGCUCGCGGACGUGGAGGACGUGUUAGCGGACGUAAAAGAGCGGCAGCUGCCAGCGAUGAUGGCGAAGACAGUGGAUCGGAGUAUGGCAGUCACAAGAAGCAAAAGCGGGCAUCUGGUGCUACUGCCCGAGGACGAGGACGGGGUCGAGGGCGUGGGAGGAUGUCGCGCAGUGCAGCGAGAAAGAGUAGGAAAGAAGAGAGUGAUGACGACGAUGACGAGGAAAUGGAUUUGACUGACAAUGAUGCUGCGGAUACUCCGGGUUCCGGCGGCGAGGGGGAAGAAGAGUCCUACAAGCCGACCCCCUCGAAACGGCGUGCUGCUGCGGAACCUCAGGCAGCCAAAGUUCCACCCAAGAAGCGUGGUCGUGCUUCUGCAACGGCAAAAUCGGACUGA